GGCCGGGCGGGCGCGAUGGAGCCGCCUGAGGGCUGGGACCCCUAUGGGCAGCCGGCCCGGCGCAUGCAGUGGCUGGUCAGCGCCCUCGCCUACCACUACAGGCUGGACCGCGGCGUGGAGAACGAGAUCGUUGUGCUGGCCACUGGCCUGGACCAGUACCUGCAGGAGAUCUUCCACCACCUGGACUGCGCCGGGGCGGGCCGCAUCCCCGGCGAGGACUUCCACACGCUGUGCCAGGUGCUGGGGCUGGAGGAGGCGGCAGAGCCCGAGGAGUGCACGGGGCUGUGGGACGGGCUCUCGGCCGAGCUCACCUUCCGCCAGUUCCACGCGCGGCUCUGUGGCCACUUCAGCAGCCGCGCGGGGCCGCGGCUGCCGCUGAGCCGGGAGAGCGAGCACAUCGAGACCCAGAUCCGCCUGCGCAGUCCCCGCCGCCGCCGCGCCGACCCCGCCGGCAGCGGAGCCGCAGGCAGCGCUGAGCGGCGGCCGCCGGAGCCCUGCUCCCGAGAGUGCUACAAGGAGAUCGUGGCGCUGGAGCAGGCCAAGGACCGCCUCGCCAAGCUGGAGGAGGAGAACGGCAGCCUGCGGGAGCUGGUGGAGGACAUGCGCGCCGCCCUGCAGAGCAGCGAUGCGUGGUGCCUGGCGCUGCAGGUGGGACUGCGGAAGAGCCGUGCCAGCCAUAGAGAAGAAGGAUCCUGCUUCACAGGGAGGAAGAGAGCGUUAACACAGAAGCACUCCCAGUCCAAGUAUCUCCAAAGUGUCCUGGAGGAGAUGGAGCUCAUCCGGAGCUCCGGGGAUGGGGAGGUUGAAGAAGCCAUCAGGUUCAGUCAGGAGCUGGAGAAGGAGCUGGAGAGCUCUCAGGAAGCUCUGGUCAGCCUGGAAGAUUGCAACCGUCACCUGAAGAGGGAGCAGGCAGAGAUGAGGAGGAAGGUGGAAGAGGCCAGACAGGCUGUCCUGAACAGUCUUGGCAAAGUGAAGGAGCUGGAAGUGAGAGCUAACGAGGUGCCACAUCUGCAAAUACACAUCCAGCAGCUGGAAUCACAACUGCAGCACUACAGGUAGGUUGGAGUCUGACAAAAAGUGCCUAUAAAAUCACUGGCUUGGGGCACAAGUGAGUUUGAGAAUCUCUGGCUGGGGCUUAUUAGAUGUCUCCAAAACACCUUGUGAAAUCUGGCCAGAGGGAAAUGAGAAGCUGCUCAUGCAUUUUCUUGGUAGGGGUCUUUAGGAGAUGUGGGAGUCUUCCAGGCAAAAGUCAGGGUGCAGAUCUACAGAGAGCUGAAGUUACUCUUCAGACACACAACGACAGAACUCAGCAUGGUAAUGCUUCAAGAAAGCCUCAAAACAAAUUGCUGACAGUCCUUCAGAAACCAUUUCCAGCACACUUACUUUUUUUUGCUGCUUUUCCUGGUCCUUAGGUCCCAUCCCAAGCCAGCUGUAAUCAGAUGGCUGGGUCUCCAUUUCAUAUAAAAGCUCUUCAGCUUGUCCUAGGAAUUGGGGAAAAGCACACAAGGACAACUUCUGGCCAGUGGGUUGAAACUUGCUGUGACUUCAUUGCUUCUUCACUGACAGAACAGGUGAUAGAGGAGAGAAGCUGAAACGUUCCUAAACCCACAAGAUAAUAGAGUGGGAAUCUGAAACAAAAACCACUAGCCAACUAAACCCCACUUUUGCAAUAGCAUAAAUAAAUGCUUGCAGAAGUCAGAAAGUUGGUCACAAAUGUAAUAGUCCACUGCUCUUGUUGCUUUUGUUGAGGGGAAGAGAUGGGUUGGCUGAGGCGGGGAGAGGGAGGGACAGCUGGGAACCCACAGGGUUCUGUCACUUGGCAAGAGUGUCACUUGUCCUGUUGCUUAAGUCUGGCUGGGUUUCAGUUGCUGUUACCCGCCCUGUUAAAGUCUGGCUGUGUUUCAGUCACCACUCCAGUGAACAGUUUUCCUCCCUGCCAAGUGCCACACAGAGUUUGUGAGCAGGGUCUGGAUUUGGCCAGAACUAAUGCUGCAAGGUAGGGCUGGAGAGGAAUGGGGGGGAUUUGGGUGUUCUGCAGGAAGCAUUGCCAAUUGGAGAUAUCUCUUCUGAGAAUCUCCAUUAACUGGCUUGGUGAGCCACAGGUUUCCUCCAGCUAAAGUCCACUUUCUUCCAGAGAGGAUCAUAUUCAAGAAAGAGUCCAACCUGUAAGCUUUACACACUGCUCAUGUUUAUAGUUUCAUAUUUAUCAAGGAAAUGCUUUCUCCU